AUGGCCUCGCUUUUGGGAACUUACCCGUGGCCCGAGGGGCUUGAGUGCCCAGCCCUGGAAGCCGAGCUGUCCGACGGGCUGUCGCCGCCGGCCGCCCCCCGUCCGCCGGGGGACAAGGGCUCGGAGAGCCGCAUCCGGCGGCCCAUGAACGCCUUCAUGGUGUGGGCCAAGGACGAGAGGAAACGCCUGGCGGUGCAGAACCCGGACCUGCACAACGCAGAGCUCAGCAAGAUGCUGGGAAAGUCUUGGAAGGCGCUGACCCUGUCACAGAAGAGGCCCUACGUGGACGAGGCGGAGCGGCUGCGGUUGCAGCACAUGCAGGACUAUCCCAACUACAAGUACCGCCCGCGCAGGAAGAAGCAGGCCAAGCGCCUCUGCAAGCGCGUGGACCCCGGCUUCCUCCUGAGCUCACUGUCCCGGGACCAGAACGCGCUGCCGGACAAGCGGGGCGGCGGCAGCCGGGGGGCGCUGGGGGACAAAGAGGACCGGGGUGAGUACUCCCCGGGCGCCGCCCUGCCCAGCCUCCGGGGCUGCUACCACGAGGGGCCUGCGGGCGGCGGCGGCGCCCCGGGCAGCACGGACACCUACCCCUACGGGCUGCCCACGCCCCCGGAGAUGUCCCCUUUGGACGCGCUGGAGCCCGAGCAGACCUUCUUCUCCUCCCCGUGCCAGGAGGAGCACGCGCACUCCCACCGCAUCCCGCACCUGCCCCGGCCCCCCUACUCCCCGGAGUACGCCCCCAGCCCUUUGCACUGCCGCCACCCGCUGGGCUCCCUGGCCCUGGGCCAAUCCCCGGGUGUCUCUAUGAUGCCCGCGGUCCCCGGCUGCCCCCCAUCCCCUGCCUAUUACUCCCCCGCCACCUACCACUCUCUCCACUCCAACCUGCACGCCCACCUGGGCCAGCUCUCCCCGCCUCCGGAGCACCCGGGCUUUGACGCGCUGGAUCAGCUGAGCCAGGUGGAACUCCUGGGGGACAUGGAUCGGAAUGAGUUUGACCAGUAUUUGAACACUCCCGGCCACCCAGACUCCGCCGCCGGGGCCGUGGCCCUCAGUGGGCACACCCCCGGCUCUCAGAUGACACCCACGGGCCCCACAGAGACCAGCCUCAUCUCCGUGCUGGCGGAUGCCACGGCCACGUAUUACAACAGCUACAGCGUCUCCUAG